CCAAAGCGAAAGAAAAAAGUGAUAGAGCUCAUCUCUUUCAGUCAAGAGCCUGCGUCGCCAAGCUCGCUUGCAAUGGAGCUCCCAUGGGGUGCCCUCCUGCUGGCGCUGCUCUGCGUCUCCGCCUCCUCCGCCGUCGCCACGCUCGCCGUCACCGCUCCCCCUCCGGCCCCUGCCCGUGCUCCUGCCCCCGUCACCGCCCCUGCACCGCCCCAAGCUCAGGACGCUGAAGGCCUGCUGAUGAACGGCAACUUCGAGACGGCGCCGAGGAAGGUGAACAAGACCCUCAUCGUGGGCCGGCACUCGCUGCCGGGGUGGACGCUGCGGGGCCACGUCGAGUACGUCUCCGCCGGGCCGCAGCCCGGCGGCAUGUUCUUCGCCGUGCCGCACGGCGUGCACGCGCUCCGCCUCGGCAGCCACGCGUCGGCGUCGCAGAACGUGUCCGUGCGCCCCGGCUCGCUCUACGCGCUCACCUUCGCCGCCACCCGCACCUGCGCGCAGGACGAGGCCCUGCGCAUCGCCGUCUCCCCGUCGCUCUCCGCCCCCGCCGACGUCGCCGUCCGCACCCUCUACAGCGCCGACACCGCCGACACCUGGGCGUGGGGCUUCCGCGCCUCCUCCCCCGUCGCGCAGGUCACCUUCAGCAACCCCGGCCUGCAGGAGGACGCCGCGUGCGGCCCGCUCAUCGACGCCGUCGCCAUCAAGGAGCUCCCCACGCCGUACCCCACCAAAGACAACCUGAUCAAGAACGACGGGUUCGAGAUCGGGCCGCAGGUGUUCAAGAACUCGUCGGUCGGCGUGCUGCUGCCGCCCAAGCAGAAGGACGUGACGUCGCCGCUGCCGGGGUGGAUCAUCGAGUCGCUCAAGGCGGUGCGGUACAUCGACGCGGCCCACUUCUCGGUGCCGGCGGGGCAGUACGCGGUGGAGCUGGUGGCCGGGCGGGAGAGCGCCAUCGCGCAGGUCAUCCGCACCGUGCCCAACCGCGCCUACAACCUCUCCUACGUCGUCGGCGACGCCAAGAACGGCUGCCACGGCUCCAUGCUCGUGGAGGCCUUCGCCGCCAACGUGACGCAGAAAGUGCCGUUCGAGUCCAGGGGCAAGGGCGGGUUCAAGGCGUCGAGCCUCAGGUUCGUCGCCGCCGGCGCACGCACCAGGGUCACCUUCUACAGCUCCUACUACCACACCAAGGUCACCGACGGCGUAUCGCUCUGCGGCCCCGUGCUGGACCAGGUCAAGAUCGUGCCGCUCAAGCUCUAGUAGCCAUCGUCAUCCAUAUCCGUCGGAGUAGACCAGGAUCUCAAAUCAAUCCUGUCGCGUUGAUUCGGUAUCGUCGUCUAUGUAGUGGUAUCAGUAUGUAAUUUGUGACAUUGAUUGAUGGACCCCUAAUCGAUCAUGUAGCGGGGAACUAUGCCUGCCUGUGCGUGAACCUGAACUUGUCAUGCACCUUAGUCAAUUUGUGUGGGAUUUGCGUAA